AUGGGCGUCGCGCGGUGCGCCGCGGUGCGCGCGAGCGUCGCACGAACGACGGUGUCGAGGCGCGAGGGGCGAUCGAGCGCGCAGGCGCCGGCGGUGCGACGACGAUGCGUCGCAGUGAACGCUGGGACGGGUAAGUUCAUCGUCGGUGGGAACUGGAAGUGUAACGGCACCGCGGCCUCGGUCAAGGACCUCGUCAAGGCGCUCAACGCGGGAAAAAUUGACGCGGAUGUCGACGUCUACGUCGCGCCGCCGUUCGUGUUCAUUCCGCGCGUGCAGGCGGAACUCAACAGUGAGAAGUACGCCAUCGCCGCGCAGAAUUGCUGGGUUUCCGAGGGUGGUGCGUUUACUGGAGAGGUGAGCGCCGAAAUGCUCGUCGACGCCAACAUCCCUUGGGUGAUUUUGGGGCACAGCGAACGUCGCGCGUUGUGCGGCGAAACGAGUGAGUUUGUCGGCGAGAAGGUUAAGUACGCCCUGAGCAAGGGUUUGAAGGUUGCUCUAUGCAUUGGUGAAACGUUGGAUCAGCGGGAGUCCGGGAAGACCAUGGACGUGUGCUACGCGCAGCUCAAGGCUGUGAACGACGUCAUCACUGCGGCGGACUGGGACAACGUCGUCAUCGCGUACGAGCCCGUCUGGGCCAUCGGUACGGGCAAGGUAGCGACGCCAGAUCAGGCGCAAGACGUACAUGCGGGCAUUCGUAAGUGGUGCGCGUCCAAUAUCUCCCCGGAAGUCGCGUCUAAGAUUCGUAUUCAAUACGGAGGUAGCGUGAACGCGUCGAACUGCGACGAGUUGGCGACGAAGGAGGACAUCGACGGAUUCCUCGUCGGUGGCGCUUCGCUCAUCGGCGACGCAUUCGUCACGAUUUGCAACAGCGCGAAGAACUCCAAGUGA